GCGACGGCGGCGACCGGAGCGAGAGGCUGCAGUGCGCCCACGGCCUGUAUCUCGACCACCAUGAGCACCAAGCAGGUCACUUGCAGGUAUUUUAUGCAUGGCGUGUGUCGGGAAGGAAACCAAUGCCUGUUCUCACAUGACUUGGCAAACAGCAAGCCAUCCACCAUCUGCAAGUAUUAUCAGAAGGGCUACUGCGCCUAUGGAACUCGUUGCAGAUAUGAUCACACAAGGCCCUCUGCUGCAGCUGGUGGUGCUGUGGGCUCCGUGCCCCACAGCGUGCCUUCCCCGGGCUUCCACAGUCCUCACCCUCCUUCCGACCUCACUGCACCCAUUGUGAAAACUAACUUACACGAGCCUGGGAAACGUGAGAAAAGAACAUUGGUACUUAGAGACCGAAAUCUCUCUGGCAUGGCUGAAGAAAAGGCUUGCCCAAGUGUGGUGAGUAAUCCUGGAGGCAAUGACGCCCAGAGUAGCCCAGAGAUGAAGCCGAAUUCCUACCUAGAUGCAAUAAGGAGUGGUCUUGAUUACUUAGAAGCCAGCAGCUCCUACAGCAGCGAGCAGCAGCUGUGCCCCUAUGCAGCCGCCGGGGAGUGCCGAUUUGGGGAUGCUUGUGUCUACCUGCAUGGGGAGAUGUGUGAAAUCUGUAGGUUACAAGUCCUGCACCCCUUCGACCCAGAACAAAGGAAAGCUCACGAGAAGAUCUGCAUGUCAACAUUUGAACACGAGAUGGAAAAGGCCUUCGCCUUCCAAGCAAGUCAGGACAAAGUGUGCAGUAUCUGCAUGGAAGUGAUCCUCGAGAAGGCGUCUGCUUCUGAGAGGAGAUUUGGGAUUCUCUCCAACUGCAAUCACACAUACUGCUUGUCCUGCAUCCGACAGUGGAGGUGUGCUAAGCAAUUUGAGAAUCCAAUCAUUAAGUCUUGUCCAGAAUGCCGUGUGAUAUCAGAGUUUGUAAUUCCAAGUGUGUAUUGGGUAGAAGAUCAGAAUAAAAAGAACGAGUUGAUUGAAGCUUUCAAACAGGGAAUGGGGAAAAAAGCUUGUAAGUACUUUGAGCAAGGCAAGGGGACCUGCCCAUUUGGAAGCAAAUGUCUUUACCGCCACGCUUACCCUGAUGGGCGGCUAGCAGAGCCUGAGAAACCUCGGAAACAGCUCAGUUCUGAAGGCACUGUGAGGUUCUUCAAUUCAGUGCGGCUCUGGGAUUUCAUCGAGAACCGAGAAAGCCAGCAUGUCCCCAAUACUGAAGAUGUCGACAUGACAGAGCUUGGGGACCUCUUCAUGCACCUGUCUGGAGUAGAGUCAUCAGAACCCUGAAGAACAGAUGGUCGCCCCUGCAUUUUGGGCUCCGGCAGCAGAGCCUUUCCCAACUAGGGUGUGCAGAGCUUCCUUUACUGCAGCCCCAGGUAGUGUGUUGAUUGGAUUGGAGUGGGGUUGUAUUUAACCUUGGUCUCAUCCAUUCUCCAUUACAUCCAUGCAAAGAGUGAAGGAUGUAAAAUAACAAGUAUAUGGAAUCACUACUUUUAUAGUUGAUAUUUUAGUUGCACCUCAGGCUCCUCAGGGGGACCAGCUAAAUAGUCAGACUGAGUUUUGAUUGAUUGCUUUUAAAACAAACUUGGCUCCUGUCUUUUAUGAGCCUUAGCUCACUAGAAACUAGUCAACUUGCAGUUGCCCCUAAAGUAGAUUUCUUUUUCUUACCAAAGGAUUCUUCACACCUAAAAAUGAUUCCUAUAGUGAAUUUCCAUAGUACUUAACUAGUGUGUGGUCAAAACUUGAUCUAUACAGGGCUUUUUCAGAAACAAAAAAUGGGCACUGUACCCCUUAGUGUCCCAAAUCAGAGCAGGAGUCUUGUUGUCGUAUAGUCAGUAAGCAAAAUAUAAACCUUCUUCCUUGGGGGUGGGGGUGGGGGUGAGGUGGAGGCUCUUGAAGUAGCAGGAAGUACAGGGUUGUAGAGCAGAGGUACAGCUCCUCAUUUCUGGUUGGCGUGGCCACGACUGGAGGAAACCUUGCACACGUGCCUCCAGGGAAACAUGUCCCUAGCUCUCCCCUGUGGGCACGGGCUCCAAGGUAAUCCUACUGAGGGCUUCGUACACACAUGCUCUUGUGUGCGCUUCCUGCCCAAGCCAUCUAAUCUUAAGCUGUAAAAAAAUUUCUUGUUCUGACCCAACAACACUGGUCCUGAGCAUGACUUUUAUCAUCAGUUAUGGUUUUAAUUGAAGGAACAUAGUCUUGUGAAUCAGAACAAACUCACUCUAAGCCGGAAUUACCUAUUUUUAUAAAACAGCUAUAGAUAUCAAAUAUUUUGUAAAAUGCAUUAAAGUGUGGGUAGAAAAAAAGGUCUAUUCUUACCUGAGUUUAAGAGUGCUUUAUGCAUAAUUUUUAUAGUUAACUCUUUAGUGAAGGGUGACAAAGAGCACAGGCAAAGGCUGAAUUAAAUUCACUCCCGGCAGAGGCUCUGGGCCCAUUUCCUGCUUGAGUCCUGUUCCAGAAGGGAUGAACAAAUGGAGAGUUCAAGCUGUGAGCUUAAUAUUAUUCUAAAAGGAAGAAACAGCCAGUAAGCCUACAUUUAAUUUAUUUUAUUAAAAUAACAUAAUUGAGGAACCAUUGGAUAACUGUAUUUUGUCAGGCGCAAUAAAAACAAAAUUAAAACCCAAAUCAUCAAGAAAA